GAUCAUUACCAACUGCUUGUCAAAGUAGAAAGCGACUUAUCGACAAUGAAGGAACCAUAACAAGUCCCAAAUUUCGGGGACAAUAUCAAGCCAACUCAUCCUGCACCUGGAUUAUAACGCCCCCGAAAAACGCGAAUGUAUCUUUGCGGUUUACAUCGUUUAACUUCCAAUCAAAUUCUAAUCAGUGUGGUGGCAAUAAAUGCCAUUGUGACUUUGUCCAAAUAAAAGAACUUGACUCUACGUCUAGUAACGCAGGAUUCAAUGUGAAAUAUUGUAACGGUAAUCCUCCAGACAAGAUUCUUUAUUUGAUGUCUAGGGUCAGAAUUCGUUUCGUUUCUGACUCUACUGGCGAAGAGACUGGGUUCAAGCUUCAUUAUAAAACCCUUCAAACACCAGCACCUGCUCCAACGAUGGGCGUAGUAGGAACAUCUGUCAAUCAAACCGUUGUCACAACAACAUCCACAAGGAUUGCUUCAGAGCCUCCAACAAAUACUGGCUCGUCUUCAAAUGUAAACGUAUCAGGAUUUAGUAUUCCUUUGUCAACAUUUACAAGCAAAGCGCCGAUAAACUCUACAGCGGGAAUUGUUUUCCAAGUUACACCAGAAACACGAAUAACAACAGAACUGACUGGCGCUCGGACUCCGUUACCCAGGACGUUUCGAGUCACCUUUGGUGGAGGGGAAAGUGCUUGGACGACGCCAGGUCAUGUCGUCGUGGCCAAGGAACAGAAGGUGGUCGAGGAAAAAGUCCCAGACAUCGUAGUCCUUGGACCUUCGAUUCCUGUUGUUAUGAUAUUUGUCCUUGUUGUCGCUGGUAUAGCUUGGUGGAAUUACAAGUUUAACUCGGAAGAGCAUAACAGACCCAGUCCUAUGGUUGGAGGAUAUAAGAAAAUAUCGUUUGCGGGAAGACUUUUGGAGUUAGCGGAAGGUGUACGAACUCCCAGGCCCUCCCGUCCAUCGUCGUGCGCGGAGGAGACUGUACCUCUGACAAAGCCGUCGACUAGCAAAGGCCCGUACCUAUCACCGGGCGUGGCUAGCACCGGAGGUGGCUCAAGGCCCAGUUCUCGCCCGGCCUCUCUUUUGCUGAGAGAUGCAUUGGUUAACAUGUUUGGAGAAGGAAGAGAAAGUGAAGGUCAGACUCCGGGAUCUGGAUCCCCGUCUAAGAGAACUUCUAAGCGAGUGUCAUUCAUUGACGAAGAAGCAGGACAACCAUUGGUACAACAUGAGACCAGUCCACCUGAGCAAAUUGAAGAAGUUCACAACGAACCAGUGGAAGAUGACAAUAUAAAAGAAGAACCAGAUGAUACUGUGAAACCUGCAAGGAUAUUGCAGAUCCCUGCUAUUCUUGUUAGGCAGCCGAGUGAAGAUAUAGACUUCGCAAUGGAGUCGCCUUCGAGAACUUCCAGUUUUCAUAAAGAUGAAGAUCCUGUGCUCGUGGAAGAAUCACCAGACUUGCAGGCAGCAAUGCCGGAACAAGCUGCAGACCACGAACCAAAAGGAAAUGAAGGCAAUAAUGGGUCGCCUUGGAACGACUUUGGAGAAAAUUAUACAGACUCUUCAUCGGAGGACAUUCCAGAUAGAAGCCUAAUAUUUCCCGAUCUAGAAGACUUUCUUCUGAACUUAGAUAAAGAUUCUGAUCUUGAUGAGCCGCCAUACAGCUGUGCGAGUCACAUAGGAGACAUAUUGAGGAAAAGUUAUGGCGACGAAGGAUUAAGUGGCCUGGGUCCAGACACUGUGUUGGAUGUCCCAGAAGAGUUCAUUGGGAUGAUGCGCAACCCUUCCAUGUCACAGGAUUCUAUUGCAAAAGAAACAGAUCUAGUUGAUGACGUGGAUUAGGUGUCCGCUUCAUUGCUUUUGAACCAUAAAAGUUGUCUCAAAAACAAUUCAUCCACUAAAGAAGACACCCAUAUCUGGCCUCUAACUUGAAAAGUGCAAGACAAUUUAUCAUCCACCGGUUGAAUGGAAUCACCCCGCCCGAUGGUCUUCCAUUUCGACUUAUUUGAUUCGACGAAGUUGUCGACUCCACUAGUGAAUGACGUAUGCGUUUAAAGUUCAUGGAGAUUGAUAUGUUAAGGGAGCUUUGACUCUUUUGAUCUAUUAAUAAUUCGUUUAAAUUUUAACUUAGUUUGUCUGAGGAAAAUCGAGAAAUAUCUCUCGUUUAAAAGUUAGGUCAAUUUCACACGAAUGAAAGGCAGUUUAGUAUCCCUCAAGAUACUUUUGGAAAGGAAAUUUUGCUUUGCCUAAGUGUAUAUUAUGCAAUGUUCAAGGUGGUUGUCGCUUUAACUAUAUUUUGUUACCGCGCUGUAUCAUACUAAUGAUAACAUUUGAAAUGCAAGCUUAACAGACCGGUGCUACUGUCAAUCAAAAAUGCAUUAAAAGCCAAAGGAGAGUAUCUUUAUGUAAAGAAAUAUAACAAAUGUGUCGCGUUUUAAUGCUCGGAGAGCUUAUCUAAGUCUAAAGAAGACAGGGGGGUUGGGGGGAGACGGCUCUUAUUUGAUUGAAGACGUCAUUAUAUAUGAUGGUGUUUAUUUUAAUUUUCUUUUUUCAUACGAUAACAUCAGCAUUGAUCACAGAUGAUCCUUUCAAUAAGGUCUUCAGAGCAGCACCGUUAGUAUUCCUAAAUCCGAGUGCGCAUCGAAUAGUGAAAGACCCACUAAGGUGAUCGAUCGCCUACAAAAACAGGGACGGAAAGGGACGCCUAAUCUUUUAAUUUAUGGCAAUGGGGGUUUGCAGUUUUAUAUAGUCCUUCCCCCCCAACUUUAUACUUUGUUAGCGACGACUGAUACCCCCUCCGAUUCCCCUAAAAACCUUGCAGGUGAUUUCCCCAAAAUUCUCCACCAAAUCAACUCAUUACCACAGAUGGUUUUUACAGGUAGAAACUGAUUACUUAGAUUACCACAACGUGAUAUCAAUAACUUUCGAAACAACAACUUGAGAGAGAUUUUGCAAUUGCUUUAUUCUAAUCAAAUCCAAUCCAAGCACUUUUACUGUUAAAGCGAUUAAACUGAAAACUCAUAAUGUUACUCUAACAACUUCUUUUUUCACGAACAAUGACUUUCAGCCCUGUCUUAACUGACACACAACCAGUAUCGAUAACACGUAUUGAAAAAAAAAA